AUAUAUAAAAACCCUAAUUAACCAAACUUGAGCUCUUUUUUUAAGAAAUUUCCCCCAAAUCCUAAACCCUUACAUUCAUAUCCCCUUUUCUAUUUAUCUGAUGGCGACGGCGCGUGAGGAGGGGAACCCCUACGACGGCGCACAAGGAGCAGGAGGAAAAUUCAAAAAACGGCCGUUUCGGAGAACAACCAAAACUACGCCAUACGAUCGACCACCGGCCUCAAUAAGAAACCCCAGCGGUUCCAGCAAUGAAAAUGGUUGGUUAUCGAAAUUGGUGGAUCCAGCGCGGAGGCUUAUUACUUCCAGUGCUCACAGGCUCUUCGCCUCCGUCUUUACGAAGCGCCUCCCUCCUCCGCCACCUCCUACACCGCAACUGCUGGACUCUGAGACUAAUCGGGAACCAACGGAGAAUCAACUGGACACAACUUCAACAGUUCCUCCUGUUGUGCAAGGAGACAUCAUAGAAUGCGAGAAUCCCACUAAUCAUUCCGGUAAAGGUGGAGUUGCUGAACUCGAGGAAAUUUUAAAGCAGAAGACUUUUACCAGAUCCGAAAUUGAUCUUUUGACAAGUUUACUACGUUCAAGAACAGUUGAUAUUACUGGUGGUAAUGAAGAAAAGAGGUCUGAAAUUAUCUCAGUGGUAUCACAUGACAAGAAAGAAGAUUUUCUAGAGAGCCCAGUUAGAGAAAAUGGCACUGAGAACCAUCUUAUUUUAACACCUGUUGCCAGAUCAACUGUUCCUGAUGAGGAUGUUGCUUCACCUGCUGAGCUUACAAAAGCUUACAUGGGCAGUAGGCCUUCAAAGGUAUCCACAUCAAUGCAUGGAUUACAAAAUCAAGUGCCUAGGAGAGAUUUAUCUUCACCGAGCAAUAGAAUCUUUCCUUCUAAGUCUUCCAUGACGUCACUUGUGCGAAGAUCUUCUGGCCAUGUUGGGAGUCUUGGAAACGGUUUCAUGACCCCAAGAUCACGGGGCAGGUCUGCGAUAUAUAGUAUGGCACGAACACCUUAUUCCAGGGUUAACUCAUCAACUCUCAUCAAGAGUGUUGGCACUGAUAGUGAUGCUUUUGGUGGACCUUUAUCGUCAUCUCAGGGUACAUUGGAGCACAAUAGAAUUUCUGGCUCCGGGCAGGGGGUUUUAAGCAGGAGUUCAGUAUUAGACAAUGAUAUAGGAUCAGUUGGCCCAAUUCGGCGGAUUCGUCAAAAAUCAAGUCUCCUUUCUUCAAGAAACUUGACUUUACCUGCUUCUGCUGCCCCUCUAUCUGCGCAUGUGGUUGGCACUAGUUCAGCUGGUUUAGAUACUUUAGCUGAGACUGGGGGUAACAGCAGUCCUGGCACAAGUUUUGCCACUGUUCCGUCCAAGUCCAGUCAGAUGGCUUCAAAAAUAUUCCAGCAACUGGAAAUGUUGGUCUCCCCAGGGGAAAAAUCACCCUCUAUGCUGUCACCAUCUAUGCUACGUGGGCAGGCUCGUAAAAGCCUUGCGAAUGUAGAUUCUUCAAAAUUUCUGGAGAACGUGCAUGAUUCAAGUAAGGUGAGUGGUUCUCGCAUUGUAUUGACUGAUUUUCAAGACUCUGUGUCUAACAAGCAUGAUAAGGUUAAAAAAAAUGUCUCAACGUUGGUUUCUCUCUCUGACAAGCAAGUUCCUGCGGUAAAUGGUGUAGAUAGUAAUAGUUUAAUGAAGGAUAAUAGGCCUAGUGAUAGAGCUGCUGAUUCCAGUGGUAUCAAGUCUGUCGUACAGUUAUCUCAGGAAAAGAGUCAGGCUUUUCAGAUAAGUGCACAUGAGGAUUAUCUGGAUCUGGAUGAUGGUGACUAUUCUAUUGGAGCCACACCUGCGAGAUUUGGUGAAUGGAGGGAGAAGUCAGAUAAUUCCGUUAACGGAAGUAAGCGUGCUGCUCCUGAAGCUGUUGUAGAGAAGCCUUCUAUAUUUUCUGAAGUUAUGCCUAUAUCAAGUGCUGCAGUCAAUCGAAAUCCUGGAAUGAGAACAUCUAAUGGAUCUCCAGUUGUUGAAAAGAAUUCCAGUAUUACUUUUCCAGUAGUACAGGUGGCCAACUCAUCUAUGCAGUCAGCGUUUUUGGGAUCUCAGUCAACUCAAGCAGCCAAAAGAGAUGCUUUCUCUACAGAAUCAAAUGCUCCUCCUAUGGUUAGCAUUGGGGAGAAAGUUGCACCAGUGCAGUUAGAUGCUGCUGUUACCACAUUUGGCUUUGCCUCUAGAAAUGUUGGUGAGGUUUUAUCUAUUACUGGAUCUUCAGGUGUUAAGCUUGCCAAAAGUUCAGACCAAGAACUAGAUUACUCAAGCAGCUUCGCGACUACUGCUCCUGGUGUAACCAAUCACUUGUCAGAAAAAACUGAUGGAGGAAGCACUAUGAAUGGGAUCUUUAGGACACCUGAAACUGCACUCACCUCUGCUGUUUCAACAUCUAACUUCAAGUUUGGUGCCUCAGCAGAUUGUUCUGCUGUAAAUAAUGGGUCUUUUUCUUCUAGUUCGUUUUCAUUCUCUUCACCAGUGCCUUCUCUAGUCCCAAGUAAUGGUCGAAGUUCAUCCAGUGCAACUGCCAACAAUAAUGACUCUCCUGCUACUGCCACCACUUCUGCAAGUGCAACUGUGAAUCCCACUAUAUGCCAUACCAGCAUCCCCUCUGUGGAGACUUCAAUCCCUUCCUUUAUAGCUUCACCUGUUUUCAAGUUUUCAUCCUCUGGGGACCCAUCAACUUCACGGGAAGCAACCAAAUCUAAGACCCAGGAUACAAGUCUUGGCAAUGUAGGGAUUUUCCCUUGCAGUAGUACGUUUGCUUUUACUUGCUCUGGAAGUAGUGCUGUGAGCAGCACUACUGGUACAACAGCUGUAUUCACAAGCUCUGGAAAUAGCAGUUUCAGUGGUACAUCUUCCACCAUUACAAACUCUGGAAGUGGCUUUUUCAGCAGCACAUUUACCACAGUGAUGGGCACAGGCAGUAGUAUAUUUGGCAGUUCAUCUUCAACUACAAGCACAGGCAGUAGCAUUUUUGGUGGUACAUCUUUGCCAGUAGCUGGUACUGGAAAUAGUACUUUUUCCACUAAAUCUGCAAUCACGGGCUCUGGAAGCAACAUCUUUGGAUUUGGUGCUCCAGCUGCACCCACAUCUACUGCACUGACUCAGGGUUUAAAUCCUUUUAAUGCUGUUGAUACCCAAGCAUCUGCAGCAGGAACUGGCAUUGGUUCCUCAACCCAUAGCACACCUAUUCAGUUCUCUUCAUCUGCAUCAUCUCCAUCCUUUGGAUUGGGUGGGAAUGCUACCUUCUCCUCUGGCAGUUCAAUUUUUGGGUCAUCAGCAUCAGUGGCUAAACCUUUUAGUUCAGGUGCAAGUUUUGGAACAAGUUCUUCCUCUUCAGAAAUCAACUCUCUGAGCUCUAGCAGUGGCAUUGCUGCUGGUGCAUUUGGUUCCAAUUGGCAAGCUCCCAAGACACUCACAUUUGGGUCAUCAUCGGGAUUUUCCUUUGGAUCAUCAACUUCUGUUAGUGCUCCUAGCAGCGCACCUACUAUCUUUGGGUCAUCCACCGGUGCCUCCUCAAGUUCCAUAUUUUCAUUCACUUCGGCUGCAGCUGCUACUCCAUCACAGCCUGUGUUUGGUAACACUAGUCCUGGCUUGGUGUUUGGGUCAACACCCUCUAGUAAUAAUGAUCAAAUGGAAGAUAGUAUGGCAGAGGACACAGUUCAGGCUUCACCGACUGUUGUGACAUUUAGUCAACAGCCAAUCUCAUCACCUGCUUCUGGGUUUGUUUUUGGUGCAUCAAACCCAUCAGGAGUAGGUUCUGUCCAGUUUGGAGGCCAAACAAGCAUUGGCGCACCACAGAAUCCAUCUCCAUUUCUGGCUUCUGGUAGUGUUGAAUUUGGUGCUGGAGGGAGCUUCUCAUUGGGCACCGGUGGCAGUGACAAGUCUGCCAGAAAAUUUGUGAAGGUCCGCAAGCAGCGAAGAGAUAAGAGCUCCUGAUAGUUGCUCAUGGUUGAUUGAAUAACUUAAUGUGACUGAGAUAAGAGCUGCUGAUAGUUGCUGCAUGUGGCAGCCAUCUGAGAUAGUUUGGUGCUGGUAGCGGCUUUGACUGGUAAUUUCAAACUUUUAAAAAUGGUGCUGUUUAUGCUUGUUCCAGUUACAGUUUUCAUCAUUUCUUUGUGUUGCUGCCAGAAGGUCGUCACAAUUUUGUAUGUUCUUCCUAGUGAAAUUUGAGACAUUUGGAACUGUGUACUGCUUUUAGUGUUAAUUAGCUGAUAGUUUUUCAGGUUUUAGCAAUUGUGCUUUCUACCUUGUUUUUGUACCCUAAUCAUAUGUAACAUAAAAAAACUGUGGAAAUGAUUAUGAAUUUUUUAUUUUUA